CCGUUAUCCAUUUGCCCCUCCCCUCCCCGCGUAGCAGCCGACAAGUCCGCUUCAAGACUCCCUUGGUCUCCGUCGCCUCGAGCGCGGCCAUGGGCGCCGCCGGCCUCCCGGCACCGGGGUGCUUGCAAAAGGUUGGGCAAGGUGCUGUGUUGGACAUGUUUGGACUGAAGACGGUCAGCUAUAGAACACACAAGACGUUCAAGUUUCAGUGCGUUGCAUCCAAUGGGCCUCGAUUUGGGACUGAUCUUUCUAAUAAGAAGAAAAUUAAAAGCAGGAAGAAGGCAAAGGAUGUUGCACUGGAUAAAAGCAAGGUAGCAUCUGGAGACUCAAAGAACGAGGAACAGUGGGCACCAGAAUUAGGAACUGGAAGAGAAAACAAAUCUGGUAAAACAGUCAUGGAUAAGAAAUUUCUGGAAAAAAUUGAAGCUGUUCGAAGGUCUGCACUUGAUAAAAAGAAAGUUGAGGAGAAGAAAACUUAUCAAGCUAUUGAUUAUGAUGCUCCAAUUGAAUCAGAUAAGAGUACAAUUGGCUUUGGUACAAGGGUUGGAAUUGGCAUAGCUGUUGUGGUCUUUGGACUAGUUUUCACUCUUGGGGAUUUUCUUCCUUAUGGAAGUGAUAGUCCUAGCAAGGAAAGCACGGUGGUCAACAAACAACUUUCUGCAGAGGAAAAAACAAAUUUUAAGAGAGCACUUGAAGGGUUCGAAGAAACAUUGACGAAGUCACCUAAUGAUCCUACUGCUCUUGAGGGUGCAGCAGUAUCAUUGGUUGAACUUGGUGAAUAUGAGAAGGCAUCCAGUCUACUUGAGAAACUAGUUAAGGUUAUCCCUGACAAAGCAGAAGCCUAUCGUUUGUUAGGUGAAGUAAAGUUUGAGCUCAAGGAUUACAAGGGGAGUUCUUCAUCAUAUAGGAACUCUUUAUCUGCAUCUGACGGCAUUGAUUUUGAAGUUCUUCGUGGUCUGACAAAUUCAUUAGUUGCUGCUAAGAAGCCAGAUCAGGCAGUUGAAGUAAUUCUCUCUUGCCGCCGGAAGUUGAAUGAAAAGAGUCAAAUACCAAGUGCUGACCUAAAGGCUGCAAAUGACAAAGGUGCUCAGAAGUCUCAAGAUAUUGAUCCUAUCCAAAUUGAUCUUCUUCUAGGGAAGGCCUAUUCUGACUGGGGCCAUAUCAGUGAUGCUGUUACAGUUUAUGAUAAGCUAAUCACAGAACAUCCUGAAGACUUCCGCGGUUAUUUGGCGAAGGGAAUCAUACUGAAGCAGAAUGGCAAGGCAGGCGAUGCAGAAAGAAUGUUUAUUCAGGCCAAAUUCUUCGCCCCAGAGGCAGCGAAGGCACUUGUUGAUAUUUAUGCACAGAGAUAGAGACAUAUGGCAUAUCAGGUUGAUUGAAACACACCGCCAAACUCAGGCUAUCGUGGACCCUAUACUGGCCAAGAAAAUGUAAGCGAGGGCUACAAUCCAAGUUGAGGAAGGGAAAAGGCAACAGGAGAAGAACAGAGUUCGAAGGGAAGGAAAGUAGUUUGAGAAGACUUUGGUUUAAAAUGCCAGGAUAGUGUUCAAUUUUGUUUAAGUCCAAGGCUGGCAUUGUCGCUGCUAUUCCCUUUCUGUUUCAAAGGGGCCUGGUCUGAAGUUGCAUGAAAACUAUGAAUGAAAUGUAUAAGGGGGCGAAAGUUUGCUCGCCUUGCUUCUCCA